UUAGAUCAGUGUCCAGAUGGAUAAGAUGUUUUCCCAAAACAUCCCAUUUGUUCACUGACAGCACAUCAGUCGAAAACCAUAAAAUGCUGGGCAGAAAGCAAUCCUUGCGGGGGGAACUCCUUCCUUAUGAGGCAGCCCAAGAAGAGACGAAUAAUGAAUCAGUCGGGGUUGAUUGGAUGAAUAAGCUAUGGAUGAAGCGACUCUUGCGGAUGAGCGCGUUGCUCUGCCUCUGUUCUGUUUCUCUGAAUACGCCCAAAACCUUCGAACUAUAUCCCUUUCUGCGUCCCGUUACAUUUGCCUGUGAUUUGACCACCGGGCUCCUGUUUACCGCUGAAAUGGUGAUAAAGAUCAAUACGCGUAGUUUGCUAAAGGGAGAAGAUUCGUAUUUAAGAGACCGGUGGUGUUUGUUUGACACGAGCAUGCUUUUCUUCCUGUGGAUCUCUGUCAUUCUACAGGCGUUGGAGCUUACGGCACUUGUGUCGUCGACAUAUGCUUAUCUUUCCAUACUCCGAGCUCCUCGUCCGUUGAUCAUGAUCCGUUUUAUCCGCGUUUUCCUUAAGUUUUCCAUGCCGAAAUCGCGAAUCAAUCAAAUAUUCAAGCGUUCAGGUCAACAGAUUUAUAACGUCACGCUGUUCUUCCUCUUCUUCAUGUCAUUGUACGGCCUCCUAGGUGUUCAAUUUUUUGGAGAAUUACGUAACCACUGCAUUCUAAACGACACUGACUUCAACCACAUUACGGUUAAUAGUCUCACCAUACCGGACACAUAUUGUUCAAUGGAUUCUUCAUCAGGAUAUCAGUGUCCCGAAGGAACGGUUUGCACAAAAUUAAAAGAUUCACGAUACAAAUUAGGAUUUAAUGGCUUUGAUGAAAUAGCAACCAGCAUUUUCACGGUCUACCAGGCCUUCUCUCAGGAAGGCUGGGUGUUCAUCAUGUACCGAGCAGUGGAUACCCUGCCGGCCUGGCGGGCCUUUAUGUACUUUACGACGAUGAUUUUCUUCUUGAGUUGGCUCGUCAAAAACGUUUUCAUCGCCGUCAUUACGGAGACUUUCAACGAGAUCCGUGUGCAGUUCCAGCAAAUGUGGGGCCAAAGGGGUUCGCAAUUGGCUGAUAUUGUGGAUGCCCGUGCUCCCAUUAUUAGCGGAGAUGACCGUGGAUGGAAGCUAGUACCGACAGAUGCAACCCGCCAUCAAUAUCGCACCGUUAUGCUCUUCCUUCCUGUUUUGAACUCAGCCGCCUUCCAUUUACUUUUAAUGAUGGCCAUUCUGGCAAACGGACUCUUUACGGCCAGCAUGAGUUUCAAACAUGAUGGGCGUCCUCGCAGCGAUUUUUACCAACAACAUUACUACAUUGAAGUGGGAUUUACGGUCUUUUUUAACUUGGGCCUGUUCAAAAUAUGGUGUCUUGGCUUCCGCGACUAUUAUGGUCGCACUAUUUACAAGUUUGAGUUACUCCUGGUCAUUGGAACAACACUCCACUUGCUUCCCCAAUUUUAUCUAUCUGUUCUGACCUACUUUCAAGUUUUACGGGUGGUCAGGCUCAUCAAAGCCUCGCCAUUAUUAGAAGAUUUCGUUUACAAAAUUUUCGGGCCGGGCAAGAAGCUGGGCAGUCUCAUCAUUUUCACCAUGUGCUUGCUCAUCAUCACGUCCAGCAUCUCCAUGCAGCUCUUUUGCUUCUUGGCCGAUUUCACCAAAUUCGAAACUUUCCCAGAGGCUUUCAUGUCCAUGUUUCAAAUCCUGACGCAAGAAGCCUGGGUAGAAGUCAUGGACGAAACAAUGUUGCGUACCAGUGAAACCAUCGUACCCAUAGUUGCUGUUUAUUUUAUUCUUUACCACCUUUUCGUUACGCUGAUCGUGUUGAGCUUGUUUGUCGCCGUCAUUCUCGACAACUUGGAGUUGGACGAGGACAUCAAGAAGCUGAAACAGAUGAAGGCUCGCGAGCAGAGCGCCGAGAUCAAGAAAACUCUGCCAAGGCGUUUGAGGCUCUUUGAGAAAUUCCCCGACCGGCCUCAGAUGACGCGCCUGCACAAAGUCCCGUCGGAUUUCAACCUCCCAAAGGUUCGAGACAGUUUCGUCCGUCAGUUUAUGCUGGAGGCGGGUGACGAUGACGACUUGCCAAUCGACAAAGGCAACGAUGACAGCAAGGGCAACGGGAAAGUGCUGUACAGAAAGAAACAGCCAUUGCGUCUGUUGAACAGCGUCAUUUCUACCUGCGUUGCGGGCACAAAUCAAAAGCAAAAUGCCAUCACGGGCAUCAUCAAUGAGUCGAACAAUCAACGGCUGCUCUUGGGUGAUUCAGGACCUAUUCCAAUCAUUGGUACCGGCAAACCAGGCGCUGCAGGCCAGAAGAAUCGCCAGGAUUUGAAAAAGAGUGGACAUCGAAGUUUCAGGGGAUCAGUCAAAAUUAAACAGACAUAUGAACAUUUAAAGGAAAAUGGCGAUCUAGGUGCGAUGAACCGAACGUCAACGUCCAGACGAACGCCUGAUAUCGAUAUCAAACUACUUCAAGCCAAACGCCAACAGGCCGAGAUGCGUCGAAAUCAACGAGAAGAGGAUUUACGGGAAAAUCAUCCAUAUUUCGACACGCCGCUGUUCCUGGUGCCCCGCGAGUCCGGCUUCCGCCGUCUGUGCCAGCGCAUGGUCUACGCCCGAUACUGCCCCCGUCUCAAAGAUCCCAUCACGGGCAAAGAGCGCAAACUGCACUACAAACGCUUACACAAUCUGGUGGGAUUGGUAACUUACUUGGACUGGGUCAUGAUCUUCGUCACGACCCUAUCUUGCCUCUCGAUGAUGUUUGAGACUCCGCGCUACCGGCUCUGCGAUCACCGCGAAUUGCAAAUCGCCGAAUUCGGUUUCGUCAUUUUUAUGAGUUUAGAGCUUGGAUUGAAAAUUUUGGCAGAUGGACUCUUCUUCACUCCGAAAGCGUUGUUCAAAGACGCGGCUGGCAUUCUGGAUCUAUUUACCUUUGCCGUCGGUUUGGCCAUGCUGUGUUGGAUGCCUAAAGUAGUACCCCAAAAUUCGAGCGCACAAUUGUUGCUAUUGUUACGUUGUUUGCGUCCGUUGCGCAUCUUCAUUUUGGUGCCGCACAUGAGAAAAGUCGUCUGCGAACUCUGUCGCGGUUUCAAAGAAAUCCUCCUCGUCUCGAUCCUCCUCAUCGUCUUGAUGUUCGUCUUUGCCAGCUAUGGCGUCCAGCUCUACGGUGGCCGGUUGGCCCGUUGCAACGACUCGGAGAUUAAGACGCGCGACCAGUGCGUCGGCGUCUUUUUGCGCAAAGUGUUCGUCACCAAAAUGAAAUUGGCGCCCGGCGAGAACGAAACCCAUCCGGCCAUUUUAGUCCCUCGCGUUUGGGCUAAUCCGCGGCGCUUUAAUUUCGAUAAUAUCGGCAAUGCCAUGCUAGCCUUAUUUGAAGUUCUAUCUUUUAAAGGCUGGUUAGACAUCCGUGAUGUUCUUAUCAAGACUUUAGGACCGAUUCAUGCAAUUUACAUCCACAUCUUUGUCUUUUUGGGUUGCAUGAUUGGUCUAACGCUGUUUGUCGGCGUCGUUAUUGCCAAUUAUUCUGAAAACAAAGGAACAGCGCUUUUAACUGUUGAUCAGCGGCGUUGGUGCGAUUUGAAAAAACGAUUGAAGAUCGCGCAGCCGUUGCAUUUGCCACCACGUCCGGAGGGCCAUAGAUUUCGCGCCUUCAUAUACGAUAUCACGCAGCACAUCUAUUUCAAAAGGUUCAUCGCCCUGAUGGUUAUACUUAAUAGCAGCCUCCUCUGCGUCUCGUGGCGCGAAGAUCAGGCGCAUACGUCAUUGCUGGCCACCAUCAGCUCUUGCUUGAGCUUUGUUUUUGUGGCAGAAGUGUCGAUGAAGAUGAUCGCUUUCACUCCCCAUGGUUAUUGGCAGUCACGAAGAAAUCGUUACGAUACGUUGGUGACCGUAAUGGGUCUCGUGUGGGCCAUCACAAACUACACCAUGGGAAACGAUUUGUCGCAUUCGUUCGGGUUCGUCGCCAUCAUUUUGCGCUUUUUCACCAUCACGGGCAAACACGCCACUCUGAAAAUGUUGAUGCUCACCGUCGUCGUCUCCGUCUACAAGAGCUUUUUCAUCAUCAUGGGAAUGUUCUUGUUAAUCUUCGUUUACGCCUUGACCGGCUGUCUGCUGUUUGGCACGGUUAAGUACGGCGAAAGUGUUGGAAGGCAAGCGAAUUUCGGUAGCACACCCAGAGGUAUCAUCAUGCUGUUCCGCAUCGUGACAGGCGAAGACUGGUACAAAAUCAUGCACGAUUGCAUGGUAUUGCCACCGUUUUGUACGCCCGGUGCCAAUUAUUGGGAAACCGAUUGCGGCAACUUCACAGCGGCCAUGAUCUUUUUCUGUUCCUUUUACGUUAUCAUCACUUAUAUCGUCCUCAAUCUUCUUGUCGCUAUUAUUAUGGAGAACUUUUCGCUGUUCUACUCGAACGAAGAGGACGCCCUGCUCUCCUACGCCGACAUUCGCAAUUUCCAGAACACUUGGAACAUUGUGGACGUCAACCAGCGCGGCGUCAUUCCCGUUCGCAAAGUCAAAUUCGUCCUGCGGUUACUCAAAGGCCGUCUCGAAGUCGAUCCGCAGAAAGAUCGUCUCCUCUUCAAGCACAUGUGCUUCGAGCUGGAACGGCUCCACAACGGCGAGGACGUCACGUUCCACGACGUUCUCAAUAUGCUGUCGUAUCGUUCAGUGGACAUCCGAAAAUCUUUGCAACUGGAGGAGCUUCUGGCUCGCGAAGAACUCGAAUACAUCAUCGAAGAAGAAGUGGCAAAGCAAACUAUCCGCCAAUGGUUGGAUUCCUGUUUAAAAAGAAUGAAAACUGUCAAUAUCCACGAUGCGAAGGAUCAUAAUAGCUUGUUGGCUGGUUUACGGGCCACUAAUGACCAACUGCAAGAGGCACAGGAAGAGAAACACCGUGAAUUCAGCUCUGGAGGGGGCGAAAGAGAUAUGACUGAAGUGAAAGAGACGGAAGGUAGCGGGAAACACCGUCGGAAAGGCAUGCUGGUCACGCGUUCCGACAGCAUCAACAGCGUCAGCGGUCGGCGUUUGUUCUACGCGCCCUGUCACGGAGACGGAUCGUCGACGCAGAGAUCCAACUACGACAAGGAACGACUCGGCGUCUCUUCCAAUCCCAAAAAGAGACCGUCCCGUCAAAGCACAGGCAAGGGGAUGCCUUCUUCCAGCUUUUCACAUUCUGUUGGCGAGUGUAGUCCUGGUACCAGUCCAACAUGUCCAACAGGCAGCGGCCAGCACGUCCUGGCCUUCCCAUACUCGAGCAUUGGUGGUGGUGCGUCUUCCAACUGGUCAAGCCGCGGCCUUGGCCAUCCACUGCCUCCGCUGGCACCGCCCAGUGCAUUGGCCGUUCGCGUUGCAUCGGCUGUGACUGAGGUGCAGGACUGGUGGCGCGAUCAACUCGCAUCUCUUGACGAUUCUGAUGAAGAUUGAUUAUUUAAACCCAGAUAUUAUCUUCCAUAUUGCAUCUACAAAGCCGCACAUGAUUCCAGAGAACAAAUCACUCAAAAUUCUAGUCCCGGCGUCUGUGCCAAAGCUAUUGUUUGUUUAUAGAUCAUAGAUCUAAAUUUCUGUAUUCUAAACAAAAAUGUGAAAAUCUUCCGUGUAACCUGAAUCUCUUCCGAAGAUAAGUUCCAUCGUUUCGUUAAAAUUUAUUGUUUUCGUCAACGGAGAGUGCAUCGUUAACGAUAUUUAUAAGUUGCGCACGUUCAUUUGUUCUAGUCUACCACUGCUUUAAGGAAACACGGUAAAAUGUUGCUAGCCCAUGCUAGAAUAAA